CACUUCCAAACCGAACCGAGCGGGACUUCCUGUUUGUCAGACUAGAACCGAGCCUCCCCGCGCGGGUCCUGAUGGGAAACUACCGGGAAUGGUCACCACACGCGCCCAAACGCCUGGCACGCACGCGGACGUGCUGUCAGGCGUGUCUUUGAGACGCUCGCGCUCAGAGUUGACAGAGAGCUCGCGCCGAUUCAGCUCUCUGAGCUCCGCGAGCUCACUAUGGAGCUGUGACGGCGCGCGGGCCGAAGCCACCGGCUCUUCGCGGGCGGAGCGGGAACGAUGCGCGCGUGGCGGAGGCUCGCGGCGCUCGCGGCAGUGCUGGUGUGGCUGGGAGCGCUGUUUUACCUGCUGGAGCUGAGCCGGAGGAAGUUACCGGAGCCCGGGGGGGCCGGAGGGGGAGAGGCUGCCGACAGUCAGAUUUCGGAUGCGGAGUGGGAGGAGCUACUGGAGGGCUUUGACGAGCGCUCGUACCUGAACGCGCGGCGCUGGAGGCAGGGAGACGACCCUUACACGCUGUACGCCUUCAACCAGAGGGAGAGCGAGCGCAUCCCCAGCAACCGCGCCCUCCGGGACACGCGCCACUACAGGUGCACGGCUCUCCAGUAUGACUCCGAUCUUCCGUCAACCUCCAUCAUCAUCACCUUCCAUAACGAGGCCCGGUCCACGCUGCUGCGCACCAUCAGAAGCGUUCUGAACAGGACUCCGGUUCAUCUCAUCCACGAGAUCAUUCUGGUGGACGAUUACAGCGACGAUGAAAAAGACGGCCAGCUUCUCACCAAACUGCCUAAAGUCAAAUGUCUGCGCAACAAGAAGAGAGAAGGUCUGAUCCGGUCCAGAGUGCGGGGGGCCGAUGCUGCGAGGGCCAGAGUCCUGACCUUCCUGGACAGCCACUGUGAAGUGAACAAGGACUGGCUGCCCCCCCUCCUGCAGAGGGUCAAACAGGACCGGACCCGUGUGGUCAGCCCCAUCAUCGACAUCAUCAACAUGGACACCUUCGCUUACGUUGCGGCGUCUGCUGACCUGCGUGGAGGGUUCGACUGGAGUCUGCACUUCAAGUGGGAGCAGCUGUCGCCUGAGCAGAGGUCUCGCCGGACCGACCCGACCCAGCCCAUCAAGACCCCCAUCAUCGCUGGAGGCAUCUUUGUGAUUGACAGGUCCUGGUUCAAUCACCUGGGCAAAUACGAUGCUGCCAUGGACAUCUGGGGGGGGGAGAACUUUGAGAUCUCCUUCCGGGUGUGGCAGUGCGGCGGCAGCCUGGAGAUCCUGCCCUGCAGCAGGGUGGGUCACGUCUUCAGGAAGAAGCACCCGUACGUGUUCCCAGAGGGAAACGCCAACACCUACAUCAAGAACACCCGGCGCACGGCUGAGGUGUGGAUGGAUGAGUUCCGUCUCUUCUACUACUCUGCCCGGCCUGCAGCUCGAGGCAAAUCCUUUGGCGACGUUCGAGGCAGAGUGGAACUCCGUCAGAAGCUGAAGUGUAAAUCCUUCAGGUGGUACUUGGACAACGUGUACCCCGAGCUGAAGGUGCCAGACGACUCGGACUCGCGUUCCGGCAUCAUCAGGCAGAGGCAGAACUGUCUGGAGUCUCACCACGUGGAGGGCGAGGACACGCCGGUUCUCACGCUGACGCCGUGCGCAGGGAAGGGGGGCGUCCCUGCUGACAGUCAGGUGUGGGUCUACACACACAGACAGCAGAUCCGGCAGCAGCAGCACUGUCUGUCCCUGUCCACCACUUUCCCCGCAUCGCAGGUUCUGAUGCUGCCCUGCAGCCCGGAGGAUGGCAAGCAGCGAUGGCAGAAGUCCGGGACUCAUCUGGAGCACGUCGUGUCCCGGUUCUGCCUGGACUCGGAGAUGGCGCUGGACGGGAUGGAGUCGUCCCGGAUGCUGGUGAUCAGCCCGUGUGAACUGAGCGCGUACACACAGAGAUGGGAAGUUCCGUUCUCCUGACCUCGGACCCACACGGACCCCCCUUUCCAGCAGAACCAGCUCCAACCGGUUUGGAGUCGCUGCACAAAUAUCUGGACAGGCUUCAUUCAGGAUUCAGAACCCUGAUGAGAGCUAAAGCUGGACAGGGUCAGACUGAACCAGACUGGACUUAGAACCGGGUCAGGAGCUGCAUGAGGGAUGAGGACGUGUCUGUGUUUUGGAAGAGUUCAGGUUCGGUCCAAUCAAACGAAGCACAUCUGAGCCAUGAAGAAAACUUUAUUGACAUUUUUACAGGAACGCUGAGAAUGACGGAAUAAACGUAAAAUCUGUGAUCCUGAAACAUUAAACUGCAGUUCGGUCGUUUCACUCUAACGAUUCAGAACCAAACCUUCAUCGGCUCAUCCCAGUUGUCAGCAGCCAAUCAGCUGCUGCCUCAUUAGCCAAUCAGAUUGUAGUAUGUCAUACUGGUGUUGCGUUUGGGUUCUAAAAGCUGCGAUUGCGUUCGGCUGUCAGUCCAACAGGAGAAACGGCGAGACGACUCAGAACCAGAACCAGACGGCCUUCAAGAUCCCUGUGGAAGUUCUUCAGAUGGAUCCAGUUUGGCCCAGUGCGAAGAACCCUCUCAGCACUUUGAUUCUCAUUGGCUACUGAGGGCUGAAGCUGAUUGGCUGCUGACAGGAGAAAGGCUGUGAUUGGUUGAUCGGUUCAGAAGAGUCUGGGUUUGUGUCUGGAGAUCUUUGUGUUGUGUUUAUGGUCUGUUGAGAAUUUCUGAACCUUUUCACGCGUGAACCUGGUGGUUCUGAUAAAAUAUUCUGCACCAAACUUUAA